GAGCCUGUUUCCAACUGAUGACUGACAGCUUUGAGAUCUGCAGAUAAUCCUGAAGAUUCAUCUAACAUCAAGAUUAAGCCUGACUGCAUUACCUUGGCCACAGGCUAACUACCCCAGACUAUAGAGUGCAACCUUCGUCAUGGAGAUUCAUCAGUCUGCUGUGAUUCUGCUGCUGGUCUUGUGUGUGUCGUUCUUCACUCAUGCUCAACCACCACAGAUAAAGCCCCGGUAUCAAAAAUUCCUCAAUCAGCAUUUGGGUCCUGAUAUGAAUAAGCAGAAGUGUACCAGUGAAAUCAAAAAGAGAGACAUCACUGCAAUUACUGGUGGCUGCAAAGAUGUCAAUACCUUCAUACAAGCAAAUAAAAAUCAGAUUAACACAGUUUGUGGCAAAGGAGGAACUCCACAGGGCGGUAACCUGUUUAAGAGCAACCAGCCUUUUCCUGUGAUCACCUGCAAACUACAAAGUGGGGAGAGACCCCCAAAAUGUGAAUAUCGUAAAGGGAAGAAGUCCACUCGUUACAUUGUGUUGGGAUGUGAGCAAGGCUGGCCUGUACAUUAUGAAGGCGGCACAAUUAAUCCAUAG